AUGUUGACAGGGCCUUCAGAAGUUCUCAUCAAGCUCAAUGUAACCGGAUUGUGUCUGACCGAUGUGCAUUUUAUGAUGAAUGAUUGGACAUUCCCCAAAAUGUCGGAGAUGGGUCUUUCUUGUGCCGGCCACGAAGGUGCUGGGGUAAUUGUCAAGAUCGGCGACAGUGUCAAGAGUUGCAAAGUCGGCCAACGAGCGGCAUAUGGUCCGAUCCAUAGCACAUGCGGCUUGUGCGACUCCUGCAAAUCUGGAAGGGAGACAUACUGCCCGCAAGCAGUCUAUACGGGGGGGACAGUGGACGGAACUUACAAGCAGUAUUGUGCCGUCCCAGAAGGGUUUGUCCAUCUCAUUCCCGAGGGAGUUUCUGACUACGUGGCAGGGCCUGCCAUGUGCUCUGCAGGUACCAUGUAUGCUUCGCUGAAAGAAUCUGGACUUGCAGCCGGUGACUGGGCCGUAUUUCCUGGCGGAGGCGGAGGAACAGGCAUCCAAGGUGUACAGCUGGCUUGCGCCAUGGGUAUACGGCCUGUGGUGGUUGAUACCGGCGAAAGUCGUCGAUCGCUUUCGCUCAGCCUUGGUGCUGAGUAUUUUGUCGAUUUUAUGACCGAGGCAGACCCCGUCAAAAAGGUCUUGGAAGUCACCAAUGGAGGUGCUCACGGCGUGUUUGUCAGUGCUGUACAGGCUUAUCCCGUAUCGCUCGGCUAUCUUGGUUCACGGAUCGGUGGAGUGGCUAUGUGUGUCGGACUCCCGCCCAAGGGUCGAUAUCACAUUGAUGCGGAUCCUACCCAGCUUUGCUUGAAGAACCAGUCAAUCAAGGGUACCCUGUCGAGCAGUCGGAAGGAUAUAGCUGCCACCCUGGACUUUGCGAAACGAGGUGAGACACUGAUGCUGCCUGUCGUGGUUGGAGUGAGUAAGUUCAAUGAAGCCGUGCAAAGGUUGAAAAAGGGACAAGUUGCAGGGCGCAUAGUGGUGGACUUUGACCUUCCAUAG